AUGUCGGCCGCAAAGUCACGAUGGGUAGACGAUGACCCUGAAACGGAGAAAAUAAUAGCACAGCAAAAAAAGGAAAAAGAAGCCAAACGACGCGCCAAAGCUGAAAGACAGCGCCAGAUUGAAGCAAAGUCGACCCAAGCUGCUGCACAAUCUGUUCACGGCGCCGACUCACCUAAUCGCGAUGUACAACCCCCAAGUAAACGACGGAGAUUGUCAAAUGACCCCAUCGCGUCCCAUACCGCAGCCGAAAUCCCAGCCAGCGAGGAACCGGAACCGCAAGCCCAAAAGAAACAGUCGAACUUGAUGCGCUUCCCGAUGCGCGAAUGGGGAGGCUGCCGACAUGUCGACAACUAUGAGCGACUGAAUCAUAUCGAGGAAGGCUCUUAUGGAUACGUGUCGCGGGCGAAGGAUAUCAGCACGGGCGAAGUGGUCGCGUUGAAGAAGUUGAAGCUCGAGAGCUCACCAGAUGGAUUUCCUGUCACGGGUUUGCGCGAGAUACAAACACUGCUUGCGGCGCGGCAUCAAAACGUUGUUUUCCUACGAGAAGUGGUGAUGGGCAAUAAAAUGGACGAUGUCUACUUGGUCAUGGACUUCCUGGAGCACGAUCUAAAAACGCUCCUGGACGAAAUGCGCGAGCCAUUUCUUCCAUCAGAAAUCAAGACCCUCCUACUACAAAUAGUCGGCGGUCUUGACUUCCUCCACUCGCAGUGGAUUAUGCAUCGUGAUCUGAAAACCUCCAACCUCCUUCUAAACAACCGCGGCGAGAUCAAGAUCGCCGACUUCGGCAUGGCUCGCUACUACGGCGAUCCACCACCCAAACUAACACAACUCGUCGUGACCCUCUGGUACCGAUCACCUGAGCUACUCCUAGGCGCAGAAAAGUACGGCCCAGAGAUUGACAUGUGGAGUAUUGGCUGCAUUUUUGGAGAGCUCCUCACCAAAGAGCCCCUGCUCCAAGGCAAAAAUGAGGUGGACCAAGUGUCCCAGAUCUUUAAAUUGACAGGACUUCCCACCGUAAAAACAUGGCCUACUUUUAGGUCUUUGCCUAAUGUUAAAUCUCUACGCAUCCCAUCAAUAUCUGGCAGCUCGUCGACAAACCCGCCUCUCCUACCUCGCUCUAAAUUUCCCUACCUGACCAAUGCGGGCUUGGGUCUCUUGUCUGAAUUGUUAGCCCUGAACCCUGAUUCUCGUCCUACUGCAAAGCAGUGUCUUUCACAUCCAUUCUUCCGGGAAGAUCCCCGCCCUAAACCGCGGGAGAUGCUUCCAACUUUCCCAUCCAAAGCUAAUAUGGAAAGACGAAGACGCCACACGCCCGAGGCUCCCAAGAGAGGCCAGGAAGCACCCGAGCUCGACUUUGCCGGCGUGUUUGGUGGUGCCCCAGGAGGAGAGUCUGGUGAGGCGGGAGCAGGCUUUACCCUUCGCCUCGGAUAG